AGACAGGCUACGCCGUUCCGGGUCAGUUCCAGUAGCUGAUCAGAGCAACCCACGGGCGAAAAAAAGAAGGUUAGCAAAAGCCAAAAAAAAGCAGAGUCACCAACUCUGCGCAUCUUGCUCGAAUCUCUUCUCUCUCAAUUUUCUUUUUACGUCUUAUCCCCGUUCUCGACCUUCUCCCCCAUCCUUUCUCUUCCGUCCGUUUUAGCACGCCCCUUUCCGUCGCGCCCAGUUGUCCCUUUACGCUGUUAGUCUCUGUCUGGAUGGAUACCCUAUGGCCAUGAACACAGCAGAGAAUCACAUCGAAAUAACAGCCACCAGAACCAGCCCAGCUCCGAGCACUGCGGGCUCAACGGGAACCUCUGGGAUUACGGUGCGCACAGCACCUAGCGGACACAUGAGUUUCCGAAGACAACGUGCGUCGCGUGCUUGUGAGACAUGCCAUGCUCGCAAAGUUCGCUGCGAUGCCGCCAGUCUAGGUGUUCCAUGCACCAAUUGUGUGGCCUUUUCAAUCGAGUGCAAGAUCCCAACGCCGAAGCGCAAGAAGAAUCAGUCGAAGUCGAAGGAGUCUGAAGGAAGUGAGGAACGCGAUGAGAACCCCCCAGAGGCAAAGCAGGAACCGCCUAGUGUCACAACCACGGCGCCGCCGACCAGCGUGGCAUCCAGCGGUCGCAAUGCCACCUUCGGAUAUCGAGAGAGUCAAAUGGCGAUGGACGGAAUGCCGGUAACUAGCCUCACCGAAUCGCAAGCUGCGAAACAAGCGUCCCAUGACUCAGCCUAUGCCCAGUUCAUGAAGCCCAAAUUCGCACGGGCCCCCAUAAAGGAAGCUGGAAGAGUUGCCUAUCUUGGCGAGUCGUCAAACCUGUCGCUCCUAGUGCAAGAUCGCCAUGGCACCACCGAUGUUGUGCACUAUCCUCUACCCCCCAACAUGGGAGGCACGCGCGCGAGAGUAACAGACCUGGAUAGCCUGGAAUUGGACAUUCUUCACCAACGUGGUGCCUUUCUGCUACCGCCGAAACCACUGUGUGACGAGCUGGUCGAGGCCUACUUCAAAUGGGUCGCCCCGGUGGUCCCCAUUGUUAAUCGGAGUCGAUUCAUGCGGCAUUACCGCGACCCCAAGAAUCCGCCUUCCUUGCUUCUUCUCCAAGCCAUUCUCCUUGCUGGUUCGAGAGUCUGUACGAAUCCGCAACUCAUGGACGCCAACGGCUCAACAACCCCGGCCGCUAUGACGUUCUACAAGCGCGCCAAGGCACUGUACGACGCCAACUAUGAAGAUGAUCGCGUCACGAUUGUUCAAGCCUUGGUCCUUUUGGGCUGGUACUGGGAGGGACCGGAAGAUGUGACGAAGAACGUUUUCUACUGGACACGAGUCGCUAUGGUGGUGGCACAGGGGUCGGGCAUGCAUCGGAGUGUGGAAUCGUCUCAGCUUAGCAAGCCCGACAAGCGGCUAUGGAAACGUAUUUGGUGGACUCUCUUUACAAGAGAUAGAUCAGUCGCCGUUGCGCUCGGUCGUCCCAUUGGCAUCAACACGGACGACUCUGAUGUGGGAAUGUUGACGGAAGAUGAUUUCAUUGAAGAUGAGGUCGAUAUUGCCGCCGAGUAUCCACCCGAUCCGGUACACGUGCAAUUCUUCCUCCAAUACGUCAAGUUAUGCGAGAUCAUGGGCCUAGUCCUUUCCCAACAGUACUCUGUGGCCUCAAAGUCAAGGCGAAUGAAUGCGAUGGACUUGACCCACUCAGACAUGGCACUGGCAGAUUGGCUACAGAACUGCCCGAAAGAAGUAUGUUGGCAACGACAACAACAUCACUUUUGGGCGGCCCUGCUUCAUGCGAACUACUAUACAACACUCUGUCUGUUGCAUAGAGCGCAUAUGCCUCCUGCCUCCUCAGUUCCCGGCAGUUACCGCGUGGAGGAGAUGACCUAUCCAUCACGUACUAUUGCUUUCCAAGCUGCAGGGAUGAUCACGUCCAUUGUUGAAAAUCUUCAAGCUCAUCAUGAGAUACGCUAUACGCCCGCCUUCAUUGUGUACAGUUUGUUCUCAGCUCUCAUUAUGCACGUCUACCAAAUGCGAUCAUCUGUACCCUCGAUUGUGGCAACCUGUCAGGAGAGAAUCAACAUCUGCACGCAGGCUCUCAAAGACGUGUCCAAGGUCUGGCUUGUAGCCAAGAUGGUACACACACUGUUCGAAUCUAUCCUUGGCAACAAGGUCCUGGAGGAACGUCUGCAGAAGGCUGCAGGCAAGAGGCAUCAGCGUGUACGGCCUGAGAUGCCGCAGCAGCCCCACGUCAGAAGACCUGAUCCACCAAAGCGCAAGUUCGAUGAUAUGGACCUUGGCUUGCCAAAUGGAGGACCAACACCCCCGGUGUCCUACGAGCGAUCUCGGCCCCAAACCCCAGCGGUUACCCCCUCUCGGGAGAUGCAGCCCGGUUCAAAUGUGCCGCAAGGUUCACCUCCCGGACAUGGAGGCCCCGGUAACUCACGGGCAAAUACGCGUCCAACAACACCAUUCAAUCAAUUUUCCUUGCCUGCCACACCGCCAGACCUCUUCCUUGUCACGCGAACAACACCCAAUCUAUCACCAUCUCUGUGGGAAAACUUCCAACCCGACCAGCUGUUCCCCGACGGCACGGCGUUCUUCCCAGAACUGACAUCUCCACAACCGGCUACAGUCGAUCCGCAACUGCAGGUACCGUCCCAACUUCAAGCACCAGGAAUGAUGCCGCAGCACAUGGCAGGACGGAGCAGUAUUUCCACCUCCCAUAGAAGUCCGGAAUUGCUGUCCAAUUUGCCUCCAGGCAUUGCUCUGCAGAAUCAACAUGCACAACCAAUGUAUGGCUUGGAAAACCAAGCGUGGCCAAUGCAGAACCUCGAGGCGAGUCUGCGUCCCAUGGAUGCGGGUAGUCAAGAUGACAACUGGAGUACGAGCUCCCGCAGUGGCCCAACUGCUCCAACCACUCUUAAUGUAGAAGACUGGUUUCAGUUCUUCGGUAUCAAUGGCAGUUUCGGUGAAAUGGCGACCUGAGAAGGUUUAAAGUGUAUAGCUUAUCCUGUGCCGGUCGGGGACGUGAUGCCAUCAAUGGACAGGAAGUUGUUUCGAGGAUGAUAGUUGUCCUUACGUCUUUAGCUUUGCUGGAAUGCAAUCCCGGUUUCUGCCAGGGUAGAGUGGACGCCAUGUUGGAGACGGUUUCGCGGGGGGAAUGGAGGGAGGUCAACUUCUUUGCAUGCAGUGAAUCAUGGAGUAAGGAGGGACUUGGGCCAUGAUGAUACUCCUGUAUAUAUACUCACACAUAUGAAAGGAACUGGCAUACUGCAGGUGGC